AGAGCUGGAGAUCCCUAGUGCCGGCUGGAACAGGAUUGGUGAAGCAGUUCGGGGAGGAUGGAGCGGAGCCUAGUGGGAAGGCAGCAUCCGUGGAGUAGCGUGUCCUGUGAGUGAAGUUGGGAGCUGCUUGGAAUGGAGACCUUGUCUGAUCUGUGUGUCCCAUGCUGAAGGACUUGCUAGCUUCGAUCCUGGUCUCGCAGAUGGAAAAGGCAGCGGACUGAUGUCAGUCUGGAUGACGCAGAGUCAUGCUUGCCAACUCGGCCACGAUGCGGAUCCUCAUCAAGGGGGGGAAGGUGGUGAAUGACGACUGCACCCUGGAGGCUGAUGUCUACAUUGAGAAUGGCAUCAUCCAGCAAGUGGGCCGGGAGCUCAUGAUCCCGGGAGGGGCCAAGGUGAUCGACGCCACUGGGAAGCUGGUGAUCCCGGGCGGCAUCGACACCAGCACUCACUUCCACCAGACCUUCAUGAACGCCACCUGCGUGGACGACUUCUAUCACGGCACCAAGGCUGCUCUGGUCGGAGGGACGACCAUGGUCAUCGGCCACGUGCUGCCCGACAGGGAGACCUCCCUCCUGGAUGCCUACGAGAAGUGCCGGAGCCUGGCCGACCCCAAGGUCUGCUGUGACUACGCCCUGCACAUGGGCAUCACCUGGUGGGCCCCCAAGGUGAAGUCGGAGAUGGAGAGCCUGGUGCGGGAGAAGGGGGUGAACUCCUUCCAGAUGUUCAUGACCUACAAGGACGUGUACAUGCUGCGGGACAGCGAGCUCUACCAAGUCUUCCUCGCCUGCAAGGACAUUGGCGCCAUCGCCCGGGUGCACGCUGAGAACGGGGAGCUGGUGGCAGAGGGUGCGAAGGAGGCGCUGGAUUUGGGCAUCACGGGACCAGAGGGAAUCGAGAUCAGCCGACCGGAGGAGCUGGAGGCUGAAGCCACGCACCGUGUGAUCACCAUCGCCAACCGGACUCACUGCCCCGUCUACCUGGUCAACGUGUCCAGCGUGGCUGCCGGCGACGUCGUGGCUGCCGCUAAGAUGCAAGGGAAGGUGGUGUAUGCAGAGACCACCACGGCGCACGCCACGCUGACGGGCCUGCACUAUUAUCACCAGGACUGGUCCCACGCCGCUGCCUACGUCACCGUGCCGCCCCUGCGGCUGGACACCAACACCUCCACCUACCUCAUGAGCCUGCUAGCCAACGACACCCUGAAUGUCGUGGCUUCGGACCACCGGCCCUUCACCAGCAAGCAGAAAGCCAUGGGCAAGGAGGACUUCACCAAGAUCCCGCACGGCGUGAGCGGCGUGCAAGACCGCAUGAGCGUCAUCUGGGAGCGGGGUGUGGUCGGGGGGAAGAUGGACGAGAACCGCUUUGUAGCCGUGACCAGCUCGAACGCAGCCAAGAUCCUCAACCUGUACCCACGGAAGGGCCGCAUCAUCCCUGGGGCCGACGCAGACAUUGUGGUGUGGGACCCUGAAGCCACCAGGACCAUCUCUGCCAGCACCCAGGUGCAGGGGGGAGACAUCAGCCUGUACGAGAACAUGCGCUGCCACGGGGUGCCGCUGGUCACCAUCAGCCGCGGGCGCGUGGUCUACGAGAACGGCGUCUUCAUGUGUGCUGAGGGCACCGGCAAGUUCUGCCCGCUCCGCUCCUUCCCCGACUCCGUCUACAAGAAGCUUGUCCAGCGAGAGAAGAGUUUAAAGCUUAGGGGCGUGGAGCGCACCCCCUACCUGGGGGACGUGGCUGUGGUUGUGCAUGCUGGGAAAAAGGAGACGGGGACUCCACUUGCAGAUACCCCCACCCGACCUGCCACUCGACACGGGGGCAUGAGGGACCUUCACGAGUCCGGCUUCAGCCUAUCCGGUUCUCAGAUCGAUGACCACGUUCCAAAGCGAGCUUCGGCCCGGAUUCUCGCUCCCCCCGGAGGCAGGUCUAGCGGCAUUUGGUAAAACCAGCGACCUGUCCCCAAACUAAGGACGCAGCAGCAGCACCCCACUCCUCCUGCCGGCCCUGCCCCCUCCGGAAGACCUGGCCGUGCCGCCUCCACGCCCACCCCCCGGGCACCGAGACACCACAGUGCUGUCCAGCAGGGCUGUUUGCCAUCCAGCCCCGCCAGGGAGGAGGCUGCGGGCCGUGCCCUCCUGCGGGUGGGCCAUGGCAGGGGCUGCCCUCAGUGUGUGGCCAUGCACCUGCGCUCGACUGCAGCUCCUUUCUGCGGGAUAACGUUUGCUUUGCAGGCUGCGCAGCUGGGCUCCUGGGCCCACGGCGUGCAGCGUGGGGCAGGUGAGGCGAUGGUGCGGGUCGGGCCAGGCAGGGGGAGGGAGGGAGGGUGGCCUCUACGUUCCCUUUUCUGUUUGCACGUUGGAUUUGGAUCAGUGAGUUUUGACUUGUUUGUGCAUCACGUGAAAAUAAUCCCAGGUGGUUUGUGUCAUUAGCGUUAGGGGAGAAGCGGGAGAAGGGCCGGGCCCCACGGCAGGAAGGGGGCGCAGGACCUCCCCCAUCAGGCUGCUGAUUCCGUGCUAUGGCCAGCAGGCUCAGCAAGGAGGGUGAGGCCCCCCCGGUACGCAUGGAGCAAGGGCCCCCGACUAUGGCCAGAUGUGCUACCCCCCUGCCCCCGACACACACACAGAUUUCCCCCCCCCAUCCCCGUGUGGGGAUGUGCUACACGCGCACACACACACACACACACACACCCCUUGUGGGUCUCUGCUAACCUCCCCCCAACACACACACACACACCCCUGGUGGGGGCGGGGGUCAGGACUCCUGGGUUCUAUCCCAGCUCUUGCCAGCACGCUGUGGCUGGGCUCCAUUCGAUGGGUGAUGGACCGAGCCCCCUUGGGAAGCAUCGAGUUCCUGAACGGGUAUGUCCCUUCCCCCUCCUUGCAGGUGGUUGCCGUGGGAACGAGCUCAAUGAACCUACCUCCCAGUUGUACCAGGUUCAAGAGUUUGAAAAAUCCAAGCUUCUCUGAGCCUGAUGUGUCUCCCCCCCCCUCCGGCAGUGCCAGUGGGCUGGCCCUGUUCCCCCUCCCCCUCCGGCAGUGCCAGUGGGCUGGCCCUGUUCCCCCUCCCCCUCCGGCAGUGCCAGUGGGCUGGCCUAACUCCCCCUCCCUCUCCCGCACUGCCAGUGGGCUGGCCUAACUCCCCCUCCCCCGGCAGUGCCAGUGGACUGGCCCUGUUCCCCCUCCCCCUCCGGCAGUGCCAGUGGGCUGGCCCUGUUCCACCUCCCCCUCCGGCAGUGCCAGUGGGCUGGCCCUGUUCCCCUUCCCCCUCCGGCAGUGCCAGUGGACUGGCCCUGUUCCCACCCUCCCUGUAGCAGUGUCAUUGGGCUGCUCCAUCAGCUGGGGCACCAUGGUGGGAGGGGACACCCCCUGCGCCCCAGAGACCUGCUAGUGGGGCUGCUCGCAGUGAAAUCAGACUGGCCCUGAGCCCCAGCUGGGGGGGAUGGGAUGCUCCUGAGCCAACCCCGCCUUCUCCCAGCCCCAGGGGAGCCCCUUGCUAGCCCUGCAGGGUCAGCUCUGGGAUCCCCCUCGGGGCACGUGAGAGCCGGCACCCCAGGGCGCAGCCAGUCCCUGCCUCCAGGCUCUCACAGCCCAAGAGCCAGGGAGAUUUCUGGUGCCAGAGGCCGGCUCUUGGGAGGUGGGGGCAUCUCUGGUGCCAGAGGCCGGCUGUUGGGGCAUGGGGGGCCCCUGGCAACAGAGGAUGGCCAUUGAGGGUGGGGGCCCCCUCAAGCCAGAGGAUGGCUGUUGGGGGCUGGGGAUAUCCCUGGAGCCAGGGGCCGGCUCUUGGGAGGUGGGAGUUCCCCUGGAGCCAGAGACUGGCUGUUGAGGUGGAGAGUAUCCCUGGAGCCAGAGGCCGGCUGUUGUGGGGUGGGGGUCCCCUGGAGCCAGAGGCCGGCUGUUGUGGGGUGGGGGUCCCCUGGAGCCAGAGGCUGGCUGUUGAGGGUGAGGGUCCCUUGAGCCAGGGAUCGGCUCUUGGGAGGGGGAGAUCCUGUGGAGCCAGAGGCCAGCCGUUAGGGGAUGGGGGGGGUCCCCCUGAGCCCAUUGUUCUUUUCCCAACCCUGUGACAUCCUUGCUGUCUGAGCCUGCCACAGCCUCCAGGAGACCCUGGCCCCCCAGCCACUGUGCUGCUGAUACGCAGGCCCUACGAGUCCCCCCAUAUCUUCUGCCUGGCUGCCAUCUCUCCCUGAGGUCAGGGCCAGCCACUGGGACGUCCUCCUGGCUGCAGUGGCCACCUUCCCUUUGCAGAGCCCCAGGAGCAGCUGAGGCCCAGUGGCUGAGAUGAGCAGGGUCUCUGCCUGGACGGCUGCUGCUCUGGGGGCUCAGGGCUUGGCAGGAGCGACUCCUCCCCGUCUGGCUGCUCACGGGUCGGAGCUCAGCCCUGCAUGCUGGGCAGAGGCUGUGCCAGGCGGUCAUGGACUGGGGCGUCCGGACACCACAGUGAACCCCAACUCGUCCAUCAGUGGAAGCAGCAAGGAAUCCAGCUCCUGAGCGUAUGCCGGCCACGGGAGUCCCAGCCACGAGCCACGCCUCUCACAUAAUGGUGCUAAACCGUGUUGGCCGUGAGGCUGCACACGCCUGUGCUUUAACCGUCUGCGUCUGGCAGAACAAGAACAAGCAGCAGCCCUGAGCCCGGGGGCCCAGGGCCGGUUCUCAGUGGACUCGAGCGACUUCUCCUGUGUUUCUCCUCCAUGUUCCUUUGGGGUAGCGUGAAAUGUGAAAUGUAACUUGUGCACUUUUUCCACUAGCUGGUACCUGUAGGUGUGGGAGCAGCCAGGCGGGAGCGCUGGCUCCCGGGCGCAGGGGUGUGGGAGCGGCCGGGCGGGGGCGCUGGCUCCCGGGCGCAGGGGUGUGGGAGUGGCUGGGCGGGGGCACUGGCCCCCCG